AUGUCGGGCGCCCACGGCGAUGUCGCGACGAAAAUGGCGCAAGGCCUGGCCUACAAGGAUCAGGGUAAUGAGGCUUUCAUGAAAGGGGACCAUGUAGGGGCGCUCAAAGCGUACCAUUAUGCGACGUUGUAUUUAGCCGGUCUGGACGUGAAUGUGCUGCAACAGCUGGGACCUGUCCCAGACCGUGCCAGGGGCACGCGCGAGGACCAGAAACAGCUGAGUCUAGUGCGCUCCAACAUGGCAGCCUGCUAUCUGGCCCAGGAACGCUAUGACAGGGCCGUCCAGGUGUGUGACCAGGCCUUGGCAUCCGAUCCGGCGAAUGCCAAGGCCAUCUUUCGCAAAGCCCAGGCACUCCGUCGGCAGGGCGCACUCUACCAGGCGCGCGACUGGCUUGAUGCCGAGGGCGUUCGAGCCUACACGCACAGCCCCGACUUUGAUGCAGAGCGUGCACGUAUCGCUGCCAGUAUAGCUGCGCGUGAACGAGCGAGUCACGCUCGUCUGCGUGGAUUUCUUACAUAG